AUGAAAAGAUCCGCAACAGGGACCUGGAUUCCUGCCUGGGUGCCAGAGUCUACGACAACUCUGGCAGGUCUUCUGAUGGUGUGCUCGGUUGUGAACUCCUGCACCAAUGGCUAUGACGGAUCGAUGCUAAAUGGAUUGAAUAUAUUGCCAUCCUACCAGGACUUUUUCAAUCUCAAUGAGGUUACGACGGGUCUGAACACAGCUUCAGUGUUCAUUGGUGGCUGUCUUGGGCCCUUGGUCGCUGGUCUCAUUGCUGAUCGGCUCGGGCGUCGUCCGGCAAUCUUUUGGGGCGCUGUCAUCACUCUUAUUGGCGUUCUACUCCAAACCGCGGCAAAUGGGAUCGCUAUGUUUGUUGUCGCUCGUGUCCUCUUGGGUUUUGGCGUGGCCCUAUCUGGAAUUGCUGGGAGCGUAUAUCUCUCUGAGACAUUCCCGAGCAGAUGGAGAGCGUGGGGUGUUGGUCUCUUGAACGAUUUCUACUAUGUCGGUGCCCUCAUUGCGGCUGGGAUCACACUUGGGACCGGUCAAUGGCAGUCAAACUGGGCAUGGAGGGCUCCUUCUUUGGUGCAAGGAGUCUUCUCUCUGCUGUGCAUCCUUAUCUUGCCCUUCAUCCCUGAAUCUCCACGUUGGUUGGUGCACGAAGGUUUCUACGAGGAGGCCCGUAUUGUUGUUGCCCAGACAAAUUCGAACGGAAAUGUGUCCCAUCCAGUGGCAAUGACGGUUUACAAAGAGAUCAUUGACACACUCGAAUGGGAGAAAAGCGACGGAAAGACCAUGAGCCCAAGAGAAAUAUUCAGAACCCCAAUUGCCAGAAAACGUUUACUUAUUGGGAUGUCGGCAGGUCCAUUCUCCUGUGUAGCAGGGAAUAUUAUUGCCUCCUACUAUCUUGGGGCUGAGCUCACAACCGCUGGUGUGGUGGAACCCAAUGACCAGUUAAAAGCCAACGUUGUCCUGAACGUGUGGUGCCUUGCUUGUUGUCUCGUUGGGACUCACUUAACAGCUAGAAUGGGCCGCAAACCGACAGCACUAAUCAGCCAGAUGCUCCUGGUGAUCUGUCUUUAUAUUAUCGGCGGUCUCUCUAAGAUGUAUUCCGAUGACCCAGGUGGUGCCUCCACAAGCUUGAUCUAUGGUGAUGUUGCAGUGAUGUUUCUCUUCCAAGGUUUCUACUCCAUUGCUUGGACGCCGCUGUUGUUCAUAUAUCCACCAGAGGUUAUGAACUACUCGAUUCGCGCAAACGGAGUGGCAAUGUCACAGCUCGGACUCAACACACUCGCCUUACUUUUGGUUUUUGUGAUGCCGAUUGGUAUCAACAAUAUCGGCUGGAAGAUGUACAUCAUCAACGCUUCGUGGGACAUCAUCGUAGCUGUACUCAUUGCACUUUUUUGGGUUGAGACCAAGGACAGAACAUUAGAAGAAAUUGAUGCGCUCUUCGAGGGGCAGAAACAUUCUUCGGUGCCGGAUGUCGAACGAGUUCGGAAGGGGGAAGAAACAAUCAACAUUGAUGAGGUCGCGAAACAACUAGACACGAGUGGGAAGGCCGUAAAGGUCUUAUAA